AUGGGUGACAAAGUAGUCGAGCACAAGAAGGGACCCAGUGUGGUAGCAAGAGAUAAAGCCGUCAAACCGAGGGUAAAGCAGUUUGGGUUACUUUUGAAAAUUGGUUCAGAGACUUUCCUUGAAGUCAUUCUUGCAAUUCUCCUUCCUCCCGUUGGAGUCUUCCUUCGUUAUGCCUGUGGGGCGGAAUUCUGGAUAGAUUUGGUGUUGACAUUAUUAGGUUAUAUUCCUGGAAUUAUAUACGUAAUUUAUGUAUUAGUUGGAUAUCUAAGAGCCGAGAUUUUCUCUCUUCUUUUUUAG